UUGGUGGUCAAGUUGCGUGGCCUCUCCAAUAAGAAACAUCGUGAGCGUUUCAGUCACGCUGUCGAGUAUUUUUAGAGGAACCAGAGAGAAAGAAGAAACAGGUUUUAUCCUUGGGGCCAAGUACAACCCGGAUCUAGCACAAAGUAGAUCAUUUCCCGGUGUAGACGUACUAAAAAUCAUUAUGUUCCACAUCAGUUAACGUACGAAAUGACUAGAGAAAAAGUUUGCAUUAAGUUGAUUUCUAGUUGAUCUCGCGCUCAAGUGAAAAUUUCUGACGUAUUUCAUACAGUUAAACCAAUACAAACUGUGAAAUUUGUACAGACCAUGUGACUUUAGUGGUCUAUUUGAAAUGGACAAGUUCAUUGACUGCUUCAGGACGCAACGAAAUAGACAAAAAUAAUAAUAAAAAAAACAAUAAGAAAUAAAGGGAAAACGAUUAUUUUCCGUUAUUUCUACUCGUCACUUCUCAACUAUGAUUCUGCUCGAAUUAAGAUGAUUCAUUUGUUGUUCUAAGAACAUGAUAAAGGAUAACCAUGCAUGGAAUAUGCUUGUUUUAUUCAUCUUUAUUGGAUUUAUCUUCCAGAUAUCAUUGUGUGUGGAGGUGGAAUUAUAUUUUCCAGAAGAGGUGACAAAUAUUGAUAAAGGAACGUUUACUUUAGAUUAUUAUCCACCAGAAGGUUCACCCCCUCCUAAUUUUACCUUUGAAGUUUCCUCUGUUAAAGAGGGGUUGACUGUUUAUAAUGUCACUCCCGGGACUGAGUAUGUUUUCCAGAUAUAUCACACUUCAGAAACUGUGAAUAAUGAGUUAAUAUGGAAUAAAUUUGUGACUGUUGAGCCAAAUCCACCUCUCAAUUUAACUUAUGAGGUCCAUUCUGGAAAAGUUGUUCAGCUGGCUUGGAAACCUCCUUUGGUUGGUGGCUACACGGAUUUUAAGUUAGUGAGACUACCUCUAUUUGAAGAAGACGAUGCGACUUCUAAGACAUUUUAUCUCAAUGAAGGAGCUUCCCCAUUUACUUUACAAGAUUUAAUACCCGGUGCUUCAUAUGAAGUCAGGAUAUAUUCUUUGUUUCAGGGAAAAGAAUCAAUCAAAUAUACCUCAGUCAACUUUACCACAAAUUCAGAUUUUAGAUUUGCAGAAGAAUUUGAAAUGUUGAAACAUGUAGGUCGUGACAAACCAUGUGUAGCAGCUGAUUUACCUGUCAAUAGGCCAAAGAAUCGCUUUACAAACAUUUUGCCUUAUGAUCACUCUCGGGUAAAAUUGCUGCCAAGUGAUGAUGAAGAAGGUUCAGAUUACAUCAAUGCAAAUUAUGUAUCUGUCCCAGGUGACAUUUCCUCUGGAAAAAUAGUAACUGACAUUAUAAAUGACUUAGUUCCAGGAGAGUUAUAUAAAUUUCAUUUUUAUGUAGUCAGUCAUGAAGUUAAAUCUCCAGAAGUAAUAAUCAAUGUUCGAACAAAACCUGAAAUUCAUUCAGUAAUUCAUACUGUUAGUUGUGAAAAAGAUUCAAGAACUCUAAGAAUUAAAUAUACUCCAACACCUACUAAAAGUGUUGUGUUUGACAGAUAUCGUUUUCAACUAUUAGGAACAAACAUAGAAGAGCAAGAAAAACUGUUUAAUGAUACAAAUCGUCUUGUAAUAUUUAACAACUUAAUACCAGGACGACUUUAUAAUAUAAGCAUCUGGACAAUUAGUGGAGGAGUUCAUAGCAUUCCUCAGCAUCGUCAAGCAAGAUUAUGUCCAGAACCUGUUGAAAAUAUUACAGCAAUUGCUGUUACUGACACUGAUAUCAUUUUAAUAUGGAAAGAACCAUUUGGGGACAAAGAUGGAUAUGAAGUUCAAUAUCAGGAUCAUGAAGGAAACUUAGUGAAGAAUGUUACUCUUAAAGAAAAGAUAUCCUAUAAAAACUUACGUCCACAUCAUAAUUAUACAUUCUUGGUUACUGUUCUAAGUGGUUACAACACAUCUACCAUUCAACGGAGCAAACCUGUUUCUGAAACAAUUCAUACAAGAGAAUCUGUUCCAGGAAAAGUACAAUAUUUUCAGUCAUUAGAUGUGAAACCAAAUGUAGUUACUUUACAAUGGUCAUUAUCAUCCAGUGAUCAGAAUGGUGUACUAACAGGUUUCAAGAUAACUUAUUAUUUAAAGGCUGCCGAAGUGGCUAAAGGAGUGAAUGUGAUAGCAAAACAAAGAUCUAAAGUUUUAGAUGAAGUUGAAAAACUGUUGCUAAUAUGGAUCAAUGAAAACAACUUGCUGGAGACAGUUACACCCAGUACAAGUGCAGACAGGCAGGACUUUAAAGCGAGCCAAGGGUGGCUUGAUAGGUUUCGUCGACGAACUGGCAUUCACAGUGUCAUAAGACACAGGGAGGCUUCAAGUUCAGAUGAAAAAGCAGCAAAAACAUUUGUAGAUGAAUUCGCAGAUGGUGAUUUCAAAAUCAAGCCACUUUUAGUCUACAAUGCUGAAAAUCCCUGUGCCUUUAAGAGCAAAAAUGUGAUAAAGUCCAAACUGCCUGUACAAUGGAAGGCAAAUAGUAAGGCAAGGGUAACUUGGACUUUAUUUAUGGAUUGGCUCACAGAAGUGUUUGCUCCUACUGUUAAAAAUUAUCUUCAGGAAAUGGAUCUUCCUCUUAGAUGUCUUCUCUUAAUGGAUAAUGCUCCAGCACAUCCACCAAAUUUGGAGGACAGCUUGGAUAGUGAACAUGACUUCAUCAAGAGGUUAGAUGAUGCAGACGUGGAGGAGUUGCUGAAAGACUAUCAAAAUGAACUAAUGACAGAAGAGCUGGUUGCCAUGCAGGAAGAACAGAUGAAAGUCUUACAAGAAGAGCAUUUGUCAGAGGAAGAGGCUAGGGAAGAAAUCACCAGUGCUGGGAUCAAGGAAAUUUGCGUAAAAUGGAAUGAUGUGCAGGAAUUUAUCGAGAAGCAGCAUCCUAACAAAGUUGUGGCUAAUAGGAGAGUAAGACAAUCAACUUUAGACCACUUUCUUGUUCCUUAUCAAAAGAGACCUCGAUUCGAAGAAACUCCCGAUACAGUGCUACCCGAUAUUUUUAUGGAGGGGAUUCCUCUUCCAAGCAUUAAGCUCCGUAGAAAUAAAGUACCUCUUCCACCAACAAAUGUUACUUUUCACAAUGUGACUUCCUAUUCGUUUGUUGUGACUUGGUCUCCACCAAGUAAUUAUUCUGAAUUUGAUAAAUAUCAAAUUAUGCUAAGCCAUAAAAAUUCAGUGAGACAUACAAUUAAUGGAGAUAAAGAGAGAAAAAUAAUAUUUGACACAAAUUUGAAGCCUGGUCACAAGUAUACUGUCCUUUUAAAAACAUAUAGUGGUCAUGUACAUAGCCAAAAUGUUACAGGAACUAUAAUUACAAAACCUUUACCGGUUACAAAGGUUAAUACAUCUUCAGAUGAAGCUUAUAUGUGGAUUAAGUGGAAUGCUCCAAACAAUAGUUUGCAAGAUUCAUACAUGGUAAAAUAUCAUGAAUUAGAUACAUUUAAUAGUGAUGAAACCGUACAAGUUGUUAAAGAAACAAAGGUCCAAUUACUGUAUUUACUUCCUGGUCGAAAUUAUUCCAUUAGUAUCAUGUCAUUAAGUAAUGGUGUAACUAGUGAUCCUGUUACCAUUUAUGAAGUAACAAAACCAGCUUCUCCUGUAAUCGAAAGUCUGAUGCCUCUUAAAUAUGGAUGGAACAUUUCUUGGAAGUCCGAUGUACGGAGUAGACAUGACGAAUAUGCUGUGGUGAUUAUCCGAAAUGACACAAAGCAAAAAGAAGAAAGGAAAACAUUUAAUACUUGGAUAGUAUUGAAUCAUUUGUAUCCUGGUGCCAAAUACAAAAUUAAGGUUCACGCAAUUAGUCAUGGUUUAUGGAGUGAUCCACAUUCUGUGAUUAAGACAGUUUGUCCUAAACCUCCGGAAAAUUUAGAAAUUGCCAAAGUAACAAAUUCAACAUUGUUGUUAAAUUGGAUAGCACCACAUUCCCUAAUUGAUUAUUAUUCUGUUGGAUAUUAUCCAAUAAACUCUGCACAGGUGAAAAAAAUUGGCAUUACAAAUACUACAAAUUAUGAAAUUAGAAAUCUUAUAGCAGGUGAGAGAUAUAAUAUAGAAGUUGUGUCAGCUCUCGAUAACAUUGAGUGUUAUGAUCCAGUGAUUCUUCAGCAAACAUUGUAUCCAAAUAGCAUUAAUAAAGAGUAUAUCCGUACAAUACUGGAUUCAAGAAACGUCACGUUUCAAUGGAGAGUUCCUACAGGUCAAGUCGAUUCAUAUUCUAUAAUGUAUACCUCCUCUAGAAAACCAAAAGAUCGACAUACAAUUAAUGGAGAUGAUAAGCCAGAAAGAGAAGAACAUGAAAUAUUUAGUCCUAAUGUAACACAAGGAACAAUUUAUAAUUUAAAACCUGGUAAAUCAUAUAUUUUUGAGAUUCAGGCUCAUACAAAAGUUGGUCCAGGACAAAUAUCUAUACUUUCAUUAUCUUUACCAAUUGGUGCUCCACCUUUACCAGCAUCUAAUAUAUUUCCUACAGAACUUAGUCACACUUCGACAACAAUUCAAGUAAGAUUUCUAAAAAGUUAUUUUAGUGAGAAGAAUGGGCCCAUUGUCGCUUACACUCUAAUAAUCUCUGAAGAUGAUAAUGACAAAUUUAAAGAAUUAGAAUUGCCAACCUGGAGUGAUGUUCAGGGAUUUUCUGUUUGGCCUCCCUAUCAGGUAACAAAUCCAUAUUAUCCAUUCAAUGGAACAUUUGUAGAAGAUUAUGUAAUAGGUGUGGCAGAAUGUAAAGGAGUAAAAGGAUACUGUAAUGGUCCUCUAAAACCAGGAACAUCCUAUAGAGUGAAAUUAAGAGCUUUCACUGCAAGUGAUAAAUUCACAGAUACUGUUUAUUCUCAUAGAAUUCAAACAGAUCCUGACAAUACUCCUUUAAUUGCCGGUAUUGUGAUACCUUUGUCACUACUGGUAAUAACAUUUGUGAGUCUUAUAAUUUGGAGAAGACGAAGAAUCAUACCCUCAAUGAGAAACGGAGAUAGGCAUAAAUCUGAUACAUUAUCAAUUCCUGAGAGUGAAAUCAUCACAAGCCAUCCAGUUAAGUUAAAGGAUUUUGCAGAACAUUAUUGCAUGAUGUCUGCAGAUUCAGAUUUUAGAUUUGCAGAAGAAUUUGAAAUGUUGAAACAUGUAGGUCGUGACAAACCAUGUGUAGCAGCUGAUUUACCUGUCAAUAGGCCAAAGAAUCGCUUUACAAACAUUUUGCCUUAUGAUCACUCUCGGGUAAAAUUGCUGCCAAGUGAUGAUGAAGAAGGUUCAGAUUACAUCAAUGCAAAUUAUGUAUCUGGUUUCAACUCACCACGGGAAUUCAUUGUAACUCAGGGACCAUUACAUAGCACACGAGAUGACUUUUGGAGAAUGGUGUGGGAACAGAACUGCCGUGCCAUCGUCAUGCUGACUAGAUGUGUUGAGAAAGGAAGAGAAAAGUGUGAUCACUACUGGCCAUUUGAUAUGCAGUCUGUAUAUUAUGGAGAUAUCCAAGUUACCAUUUUAACAGAAUCUCAAUAUGCUCAUUGGACUAUUUCAGAAUUUAAAGUUUGCAGGGGUGAACAAUCUAGAAUAGUUAGACAUUUCCAUUUCACAACAUGGCCAGAUUUUGGAGUACCAGAUCCCCCUCAAACGCUGGUAAAAUUUGUCAGGGCAUUUCGAGAUAGAGUUUUAUUUGAUAGCAAACCUGUUAUUGUUCAUUGCAGUGCUGGAGUGGGAAGAUCAGGAACUUUUAUUGCACUAGACCACAUUCUUCAACAGAUACAAAAAUAUGACUUUGUUGACAUAUUUGGCAUCGUUCGUGAGAUGAGAAUGGAGCGAGUUUGGAUGGUUCAAAAUGAACAACAAUAUAUAUGUAUUUAUCAAUGUUUAUUGUGUGUUUUGGAUGGAAAAGAAGAUAUUAUUGAUCCUAUACAUGGGGAAGUUCACGAAAAUCAAGGCUAUGAAGAUGAUGAAGGAAUUGCUGAAUCUGGAAUAGGUUUCAACUCACCACGGGAAUUCAUUGUAACUCAGGGACCAUUACAUAGCACACGAGAUGACUUUUGGAGAAUGGUGUGGGAACAGAACUGCCGUGCCAUCGUCAUGCUGACUAGAUGUGUUGAGAAAGGAAGAGAAAAGUGUGAUCACUACUGGCCAUUUGAUAUGCAGUCUGUAUAUUAUGGAGAUAUCCAAGUUACCAUUUUAACAGAAUCUCAAUAUGCUCAUUGGACUAUUUCAGAAUUUAAAGUUUGCAGGGGUGAACAAUCUAGAAUAGUUAGACAUUUCCAUUUCACAACAUGGCCAGAUUUUGGAGUACCAGAUCCCCCUCAAACGCUGGUAAAAUUUGUCAGGGCAUUUCGAGAUAGAGUUUUAUUUGAUAGCAAACCUGUUAUUGUUCAUUGCAGUGCUGGAGUGGGAAGAUCAGGAACUUUUAUUGCACUAGACCACAUUCUUCAACAGAUACAAAAAUAUGACUUUGUUGACAUAUUUGGCAUCGUUCGUGAGAUGAGAAUGGAGCGAGUUUGGAUGGUUCAAAAUGAACAACAAUAUAUAUGUAUUUAUCAAUGUUUAUUGUGUGUUUUGGAUGGAAAAGAAGAUAUUAUUGAUCCUAUACAUGGGGAAGUUCACGAAAAUCAAGGCUAUGAAGAUGAUGAAGGAAUUGCUGAAUCUGGAAUAUAAUUUUAAUAUUGCAAAUAUUUAUUUGAAAUAAUCAAUUUGUCUGACAAGAGAUUAUUCAGGCAGCAAUAUGAAGACAAAUAUUUAUUUCAGAAGACAGUCUUCAGUAGACUAUAAAGAAAAUUUUAGUUUCUUUUUAAUGAAGAACAUGAACUGAAAUCAAGUUAAUUCCAGCAAAACUAUAUUCAUAUUGUGAGCUUUUUAGCAAUUUAUUUAUUAGAAAAAAGUAUCAACAACCUAAUCUUUGAAAUAUUUUCAACUCAUGUAAUUCAAUUUGUAUAUUAUCAUUUUUUAAAACAAAGGAAUUUUUAGGAUUGUGAUAAUCCAUCAUAAACAGUAAAAUUAGAUUGCUAACAUAUACUGUUAAAAGAUGCAGAUGAUAGCCAUUAGUCAGGUCUCCCAUCAAUGAAUAUCAUGUUCUGAAAUUGUUUUAAUGUAAAGAAUGUUUUGUGAAUAUCCACAUGCUAUGUGGCCAAGGCAUUAAAUGCUUCAAUCUGAUCCUUUAGGACCCAGAUUGAAGACUGUCAGAAUCUCAAAUUUUUACCAGUUUAAUCUGGAUAUGUAAUGGUCUGGUUGAAUUCACAAUGGGCAGAGAAAAAAAAAAGGUUGCCUGCACAGGGUAGAAAAAAUAACCUCAUCGAAUUUCAGUAGCAACAAAAAAACAUGAUAGGUUGAAAGUUACAAUAAUGAAUCAAUAAAUAAUUUUACAAUUUGUGAAAUAGUUUGAGAUAAAUGCUUGGCAUUUGUUUAUAGAAAAAAUUUCUUUUAAAUUCUAAGUCUACCAAAAAAUCUUUCUGAAAGAGAAUUUGAGUCUGUUCUGUUCAAAAUAUUACAUUUAAUUCCAAAAUAUGUUGUUAAUUUAGAAUAAAAAAAUAACUUGUAUGAAUAAAUUGAUCAGAUCUAACUCAGUUUUCUAAGUGUCUACUCACAAAUGAGGAAAAUACAAAAUACAUAAUGCUAAAUUGAGAUUUUUGAAUGUAUCAUGUUUGGUUUAGUAACAAUUUCAAAGACAAAGUAAUCUCAAGCAAUAAGACUUAUAUGUAGCAUGUCAACUUUCAAACAAAUUUUUACAUAAUGUGACCUGAUGAUGAUGAUGAUGUUUGUAAUACAGAAUUGUACAUUUAGUAAUUCAUAGUAGAGGUGGAAAAUCCAGUUCUGCUUAUGGAAGUUUUGACAGAAUGGUUCCUCAUUGGUUUCAUUAUAUAUAUUUAAUAGAAUGUUUCUCUCUAAGCUUUUUGAAAAAUUUGGUGCAGAUUGGUCAAACUUAUUCUCAGGACCUUCAGGAAAAUAACUUCCAUAAAACCUGGACACCCUACACUUUCAUUGAUUUGAUUUCGUUGACACUUUGUGAUAAAUGUAAAAAUGGUAGGUCAAAUUGUCCAAACUUAUUAUAUGGUUUUCAUUUUAACAUUGUCGUCUUACUUUCUGGCCAUACAUAGCUGCUAGUUACUAAUAAAAACAAAUUAUGAACUAAUAAAGAAAUAAAUUUUUAAAAUCUUUAUAAAUUUAAAAUACCCAAAACUAACUUCAUUAUUCCAAAAAUUUGUGGAACAUUUUCAUUUAGUUCAAAUACAGAUGGGAAUUUGCUGUUCCACAAAAACCAGUAUUGAUAAAAGUUAAAAAGGUUGUGUGCAUUAGCAGUUCAGAGUCCAGAAGAGUUCUCACUUCUAACUCCUAAAUACAAAAGGUUUCUCUAAUAUUUAUGAAGGAUCCAUUCAUGAGCAUUUAUUGGCACAUUACAAGGAUUAAAGUUUGACUAUAUAAUACAGUAGAGCAGGGGUGUCCAACCUUUUUGUUUUUCUGGGCCACAUUGGAAAAAGUCAAGGAGUU